CUGGAGUCCGAGGAAAUGGCCAAAAAGCGACGUCGGGCAUUGGAACAGACCGGUGAAGUCCGUGACGAGGGAAACUCUUCUAAGAAGCCAAAAUGGACGAACAAACAACGAGUUUUGAUAUUUUGUUCUCGUGGAAUUACACACAGACCAAGACAUCUUAUGAACGACUUGAGAGUUUUGCUGCCUCACUCAAAGGCUGAUACGAAGUUGGAUCGUAAAGACCAACUGUUUAUUGUCAACGAGGUGUGUGAAAUGAAAAACUGCAACAAGUGCAUUUUCUUGGAAAUGCGCAAGAAACAGGAUGCCUACAUGUGGAUCAGUGAUACACCACAUGGUCCUUCUGCAAAGUUUCUAGUUGAGAACAUACACACAAUGGAUGAACUGAAGCUGACCGGCAAUUGUUUGAAGGGAUCUCGACCAAUCUUAUCAUUUGAUACGGUGUUUGACCAAAUACCUCAUUACAGCUUACUGAAAGAACUCUUUACUCAGGUAUUUAGCACACCUUGCUAUCAUCCAAAAAGCAAGCCAUUCGUCGACCACGUCUUCAAUUUUUCGAUUGCUGACAACAGAAUUUGGUUUCGGAAUUACCAGAUUGUUGAGGAAGACUUGUCUUUAGUUGAAAUAGGACCUCGCUUUGUAUUGAAUAUAAUUCGUAUAUUUGAAGGAAGUUUCGGAGGCAUUUGCUUAUACGAGAAUCCUCUCUAUCGUUCACCUAACGAGCAUCGGAGGUUGUUGAAGCAAGGGGCUGGAAUGAAAUUUCGUAACCGUGUUGAUGCUAGAAUGGCGUUCACAGCUAGACAGAGUGGCAUGGAGCUGCCAGAAGACGAGGUCGAGCAAGUGUUUCAACAAGACGUGUAAAGUAGGUGUCUGCAUGUUUUGUAGUUGCUGUGUGUACAUGUAUGACUGUACUGUACUGUACUCAUAAUUUAAGCAAAAGAGAUUUGAAGCAAUUAUUGACACAGUAAGUGCAAGAAAUGGCACUCAAUUAGUGAAGACAGCCACAGCCAUCUUACACAAAAUGUGUGUGCACAAUGACAUGCUAUCCGGAUUUUUAACGCUAGACUUGGCAGUUGUACGUACGUUUCUGUGCUGAAAGCGUAUUGUUACUCAGGGAGGUGGAACCGGGGCAGGAGGAGUGGCUGCUCCUCCGAUAUCGGGAUCAGCCCUCCAAUAGUGGACGAUGAUCAAAGAAAUAACUUUGGAGUUUUGUUGCUUGCAAGUAGAAAUAAU